ACGUCAUCUCCUCCGGGGUAGCCUCUGGGCCGAUGACACGGGAACUAUUACUACCUUUCCAUUUCAAGGUGGACGCUGAGAGGUAAAUGAAGUUGUAAAUUAACGUGUUUCUAGUGGUAAACGAAUGGAUAUGAGCUAAGGACAGCAAACGGCUCAUCCGAUAUCUUUCAACCGUCCAUGGAAGUGCGCAAGUUCUACGGAGCAUCCAGUCAACGGUUCGUGCCUCAGGCAAUAGCUGCGGGCACCGAUGUCUGCAAUCACCACUGCCGCGACUUCCAUCGCCGGCAACUUCAGCAGAUUAUUCGAGAGAAGUUAAGAAGUUUCAAAGAGGAGCAAUUCAAUGUUCAGUUCGAGGUGGUCUUCUUCCAUGCUUCCUGCAUCGAUGGCCUCAUGCGGCGCAUGAAAAAGGAAAAGUACGGCUGGCACAAAUCUGACGAGGAACGUCUCGUUCCCUAUCUUGGUACAGGCUGGUUCGAGCAGCACAUAAACCAGAAAGAUUACAAUCGUGUUGCCCAUGGCACAUUCCAGGUGAAACCCCGUGUGUGGGGACAGCUAAUGAAACUGCGAGUCAGGUUCACCAGAGAGAAAUGUGUUCGUGGAGCAUCUGAGACAGGUUGAACGGGGAGUUUUCGUUGGAGUUGUGUGAGGCGAUUUUAGGUAAAUGG